UCAUGAUCGGCUUAGUCAGGGUUCUGCAGGUGACUAAGAUUUUCUCGUGCCAAGUUCGGAUGGAUCACAUGACUAUGCCCCACAUGACUGCUUCCGCGGAUACUCUGUUGGAGAUGCACCUUUAGUUGCCGACCGUACUUGACUAUUGCCCCGAAAAAAAGUGGAUUUCGAAGAGGCUGGCUUCUCUCGCCAAUCUGUCUGUUUCCCCUCUUCUGUCAUACCCGUCUCCAUGGGUAUCCGACGCUGGGAUGUAUGAGCCGCUGCAUCUCUCUUUUGACGCCUACCCUAGCGUGGUCCCUCGAGUAAGGGUACGAGGUGUCAUGGCUCUCUUCCUGGCCGUCACCAUUCUCUGGGCCUUGAUUUGGCUAUUGUAUCGCGCAUGGCAAGUCUGUCAGACUCCAAACGAUGUCCUAGUGGAAAAACUCGGAUUGGACAUCCCUCCGCCACCAGAGGUUACACUAGAGGAGAUCACCGCCCGUGAGAUUCGCAUUGCUUGGAAACAACCCGAGUUUCACAACUCAAUCCACAAGCACAUCAUUCAGGUGAAUGGAUCAAAAGUGGGCGAAUCAAAACGAGCAGAAACCGCGGUGGAAAUCUUAAAUCUGGCACCGGGCAACAUAUAUCAUAUUUGCGUUCUUUCCGUUAGUGCAGCCAAUUUCCAGACGCCUAGUGCUAUUAUUCACGUGCGGACACAAUCUCUUCCUUUAUCCCAAGCUCAGCAAAAUGCGCCUGUUGGAGGUCCCACUAUUCGGGCGUCAGUCCCGCGAUCGACUGCCGGUCUCGCAGCUCCCUCGGCUCCCGUCAUGUCUCGCGAGCACAUGGCGGGCCGGAAUCCUCCCACGGCAACAUAGAAGACUUGCAGAAGAGUGCGACGAAUGGUGAUCGUGAUGAAACGCUCGAAAAACUUGCCGAUAGGUUAAAGUCAUUGCAGCAGGAAAACGAGAAUGUUGAAAAGCAAACCGCCGAUGAAGAAGAGGAGCACGUCGCGCUCUUGAAGGAGUUGGAGAAGCAGCGUGACGACUUGAGGAAGC